GCAACCUGGAUAUCUGGGCCAUUACUGUGGAGGAGAGAGCAAAGCAUGAUCAACAGUUCCAUAGUCUGAAACCAACUGCUGGAUUUAUCACUGGUGAUCAAGCCAGGAACUUCUUUUUCCAAUCUGGGUUACCUCAGCCAGUGCUAGCACAGAUAUGGGCUCUAGCUGACAUGAACAAUGAUGGCAGGAUGGAUCCCUUGGAGUUUUCCAUAGCUAUGAAGCUCAUCAAGCUGAAGCUGCAGGGGUACCAGCUCCCGGCCGCGCUGCCGCCCGUCAUGAAGCAGCCGCCCCUCGCCCUGCCCGCUGCCCCAGGAUUCGGUCUCGGGGGCAUUGCCAACAUGCCAUCCCUCAGCAGCGUGGCCCCGGUGCCCAUGGCAUCCAUCCCGGUGGUGGGGAUGUCCCCCCCGCUGGUGUCCUCUGUCCCCGCCGCCGUCCCUCCCCUGGCUAACGGAGCUCCUGCUGUCAUCCAGCCCCUGCCUGCUUUCGCUCACGCCGCCACUUUGCCAAAGAGUUCUUCCUUCAGCCGCUCGGGGCCGGGAGCUCAGCUCAAUGCCAAGCUGCAAAAGGCACAAUCCUUCGACGUGGCCAGCUCCCCUGCCGUGGCAGAGUGGGCUGUGCCUCAGUCCUCGCGCCUCAAGUACCGGCAGCUCUUCAACAGCCACGACAAAACCAUGAGUGGGCACCUGACAGGUCCCCAAGCAAGAACGAUUCUCAUGCAGUCCAGUUUACCCCAGGCUCAGCUGGCUACAAUAUGCAAUCAGAGUUUAACAGCCCUUUUCCCCCUCAUUUCCAUGCACAAAGUGACGUUCGAGGACAAGAAGAGGGAGAACUUUGAGCGGGGUAACCUGGAGCUGGAGAAGCGGCGGCAGGCCCUGCUGGAGCAGCAGCGCAAGGAGCAGGAGAGGCUGGCGCAGCUCGAGAGGGCCGAGCAGGAGAGGAAGGAGCGCGAGCGGCAGGAGCAGGAGCGCAAGCGGCAGCUGGAGCUGGAGAAGCAGCUGGAGAAGCAGCGCGAGCUGGAGCGGCAGCGCGAGGAGGAGAGGAGGAAGGAGAUCGAGAGGAGAGAGGCGGCCAAGCGCGAGCUGGAGAGGCAGAGGCAGCUGGAGUGGGAGCGCAACCGGCGGCAGGAGCUGCUGAACCAGAGGAACAAGGAGCAGGAGGACAUCGUGGUGCUCAAGGCCAAGAAGAAAACCCUGGAGUUCGAGCUGGAAGCUCUGAAUGAUAAAAGGAACCAGUUGGAGGGGAAGCUUCAGGAUAUCAGGUGUCGGCUGUCGACCCAAAGACAAGAAAUUGAAAGUACAAAUAAAUCCCGAGAACUCAGAAUUGCAGAAAUCACCCAUUUGCAGCAGCAGCUACAGGUGAGAAAAUGUCUAAUUUUAUUCUUAGCCUUGAAUUUUGAGCUCCUCAAAACCAUCAAUAUGCUGAGCAAACUUGGAAUGAGCUGUUCCUCACACUUAAGGAUAAUUUGUCAUUAAAUGAAAUGGAAGCUCCCAGUGAAACCAGGGAGUUUUUGGUCUAAGCCUGG